CUUUCCAUCCAAAAUGCCCCUCACCGUUCCGUGUACUAUGAAUCUGUUCUCUUCUCCACUGUACUACUAUAAUUAGGCAACAAAAAAAAAAACUGCCAUGGAAGAAGCUCUUCUUAUGGCCUCUUGAAGCUGAAACGAGAGCGAAAGGGAAUGAAAGUUUGAAACCCUAACUUCAGAGACGAAGAAGAUGGCCUCUCUUGUUUUCUCUCCCUCUUCGUUUUCUUCGGCUUUGGUUUCCCGUUAUUCUUGGAGCAGUGGAUGUUUCGUCUAUAACGAGUCUCGCCUUCGAAUCUCGCCUCAGAAUGGCGUGAGGUGCGAUUUGGUGGAGCCGUUAAAGUAUUGUAAUGGAAAGCCAAGCAUUCCGGUCCAUAAUGGACAGGCAGUGCCGAAUUUCUUGUCUUCAAGGCACCCUGACAGUAUAAUUAACAAAAGCGAUACCAGGCUGCGUAUUUUCUCUGGCACAGCAAACCCUUCACUUUCUCAGGUAAAUAAUUUGGUUUCGUUUUCUGGUAAUGCUAAUUGAAGUAGAAUUUUGCAU